AUGUCUGAGGACUGGAAGAAAGCAAAUGCCAUUUAUAUCUUUGAAAAGGGCAGGAAGAAGGAGCCACGGAACUACAGAUAUAAAGAGUUCAGGAAAUUCCUUCAUUGCUACAAGCAGAAGCUACAAGGAGCAGAAAGGAAGCACAGAGGACUUGCUCUACGUGUACCGCCAGAAGACAAGUGAGCAAGGGAAAAGUCUCCAUAUACAUUUGUUAAUGGAUGUACUCUUUAUGGUACUGGAGAAGACCCUCAGCCAAUGCAGGCACCCAAACCAGCACAAAGUGCUCGAGGUGAGGCUGCACCAAUGCAAAGCAGAGCAGGACAGUCACAUCCCAAUCACUUCGCUCCCUUGGCUCACUGCACUCUGCUGGAUGCACCCCAGGGUACAGCUGGCCCUUUUGGCUGCCAGGGCACACUGUUGACUCAUCUUCAGAUUGCCAUCAACCCAAACACCAGAUCUCAUUCCCCAGGGCUGCUCUCCAGCCUCUCAUCACCCAAUCUAGGCCUUCCUACUGAACAAUACUAUGAUGUCACUCAGCUGACAAAAAAAAGUGAUGUGUGUAUGAAUGAUGAACUGCUUCCCAAACCACCAGAAACUUUGCCUAGACCAUUGUGCCUGCCAUUUUCCUCCUCUGUCCCCUAUCCUACACACAUUUCUAGGUACACCAUGUUCCCAAACUUCAGAUCACCUGAGGGUUGAGACACUGGAAUCAAUUCAAGCAGUCAUCCUUUCCAUCUCAGUAUCUCUAGCAAGACUUUUGACAUGGUUGUACUGAGGAAGACCAGAGAGCUCCUGCAAUUGCCAAUGGGAAGAUGGCUUUCUGCAAAGGCAACUUUUUUCUGGAAAAAAUCGAGCUCUCAGCUGCUUUGUCACCACCUCUUUGCCUGGGACAAUCAGAUUUCCAGAUCUAGUGGUGCAGAUGACCACCUUUCCAAGUUUGUAGAAGAAAAUGGUCAAAUAUAUUAUCCAAAUCCACCAAAGAUAGUGGCCCCCAACCCCAUUUAAGAGCUCAAAUAUAACUUUUCUCCAAGAAUAACCAAUAUGCUACAAAACAUUGAAAGGGUUCUGGAGAUCACAACAUACAGCCAGGUCUUCACAGGUCCUUUGGCUCUGCACCAGCAUCUAAAGCCUCAACAAUGCAAAAGGUUCAUAAAGGUUAACAGUAUGUCAGCAGUGGAUCAAACUGUGGUUGAGAAAGCCAAAAAAAACAUUUCUGCUGGUCUGUCACAAGUGAGAUCUCCUGAAGGGUGCAUUGCAUGCUUACUUCAAGGUGAACAUCCUCAUGAAUCAAUUCUGCAAAAACACCCAACAAUAAACAACCUUCUGAAAAUCACUGACAUGUUGCAAAAAGAAGCAUUGCAGAGGCGGCAGCUUUCAGGAAGGCCCAAAUUUGAACCCCUUCCAAAAUCUGCACGUUCACUUUCCUACAAAGACUUCAAGCCCAGAUAUUUGGAUCAAAAUACAAUACUGGAAAACCCAGUUAACCUAAGUAAGCCAAGCUUACCACUGGAUGUAAAGCAUGAGGAAAGUGGAAUUCUGUUGCACAGACUGCCUGCAUGGAGACCAGAGGAUAGGCCAAGAGAGAUAACACUGCCUGAAUGGAUCCCCAGCUGUGAAGUUCCUCAGCUCCAGACAGUGCUGAUGGAGCUUCAACAUUCCUUCUCUAUGACAGCAGCACAAAAACAUUUACAUGAUUCCUUAAAAGGAGAGAGAAAAAAUCCUCACAGAUAA